AUGGCCGACGAGACCGCUAGAGAGAUCGCUAGGCUGAGGGCGGAGCUUGCGGAAGCGCAGCGCAAGCAGGAAGUUGCAGAGCGUAGACAACAGGAAGAGCAGCGGCUACGAGAGGAAGAGCAGCGUCGACGCGAACUUGCGGAACAAGUGGCUGGGGAACAGAACCUGGCCCAUUUUCUCGAAAGCUGCCAUACCUUCUGCAAGAAGAUACGCCCCGUUGACGAUCCUGGAUCCGCCACCCGUGGCUUUACCACCGACCCGGCUUCGAGGCUCUUCCCCCAAACCAUCGCUCUCUGGGACGACUUUGGCGAAAGACAACAGCGUACCUGGACCCUUCUGGGCGAUAUUGAUGAACUAUGGCACACGGCCCUCUACCCAUCGAUAGCCGCGUGCAAGUCUAUCGAGGCUGCUAUUGACCCAAUCGGGUCCGAAGACGAUCUGCGAUUCUUGCAACGGCUUACAGUCGACAACAUGGUCAAAGAGAUGUACAACGCGCUGAUGCGUAAUUAUGAGCUAGCGCCGAGCUUACUAGGACAUGGCCAGAUAUCGUUCGAGAACCCGGCGAGCUUUCGGGAAGCGGAAAUGUCCACGCUGAGUGACACGAUGGGGGGAUUGGCCAUCCGGGGCACGAGUGGCCAGCAACCGAGAAACACGCGGGCCGAUCAAUUCUGCGUACUGUGGCGAGAGGACGGAAGCGUCCGGCCAUUGAUCGCAAUGGAAUACAAAGCGCCGCACAAGCUUACGAUCGAAGAGAUCUGUACGGGACUCCAGUCCGAAAUCCAGCCUGAGCGGGACGUAAUCGGCCAAGAUGAGGGCAAUAGCUUUGUUCUCCUCUGCAGGCGCCUUCUGGCUGCGGUGAUUACACAGUUAUUUUCGUAUAUGAUCGAUAAAUGUGUACGCUAUGGAUAUGUCUGCACGGGAGAGGCAUACAUUUUCCUGCGUAUCCCGGAUGACCCUACCACUGUUUACUUUAGUGUGAACAUACCGAAGAAAGACUAUGAGGUGGACGUAGAGAGUCGCCUACAAAGGACGGCUGUCUCCCAGGUAUUCGCGUUUAUUCAGCAAGCGCUAUCGGAAGAGCCACCUAGUCAAGCAUGGGUCGACGACGCGAAAGCGAGGCGGAAGAGAUGGAAGGUUGAAUUUGUCGAUGUUCUUGCGACGAUCCCCGAGACAGAGCGCCAAUCCAAGGAAGCCUCUGAAUAUCGAACCCGCGAGUGGCGCAAAGGCAUGCGGCGCUCACCUAUCCGUCUCCGCAGUCAAUGUGGCGAACAGGUGACUCAUUCGACAUCCAGAAGCGAUGACUCCGAGAGCGAUGGUGCCGAAGACCCUCCAAGCCCUAGUCCCGGAGUACAAACGCGUUCGCGGACGUCACGAAACGCGGCAACAAGGCACGCGGGAACCCGCGGACACCAGGAGGGACCUUCGCAAGGCCGGAAUCGCACUCGCAUCCAGGAUCGAGCGUAUUGUUCUCACCGAUGCCUCCUUGGUCUCUGCCGAGGGCUCGCAAUCGACCGAUCUUGUCCCAAUGCUCGCAAACAUCUCAAACACGGUGCGAAGCACAUGUUGAAGGAUGUGUUCCUUCGACACGUCCGUCACCAGCUUGCUACUGAUCGCGGUAGUGCUGCAAAUUGUUGCCCUCUGUUCGUGCACGGCUCCCGAGGGGCAUUGCUGAAAGUUCAUUUGAAUGUGGGAGGCUAUACCUUGGUGGCCAAAGCAAUGGUUCAUCAUGACAAAACCCGCCUCAAGCACGAGGCAGCCGUGUAUGAUCGACUGCGGAGACUGCAGGGACGAUACGUGCCGGUGUGCUGUGGCACUGUGGAGCUUCAAAUGCCCUACCACUACGAUGGGGUGGAGCUGAAACACAUCCUGCUCCUGAGCUGGGCGGGAACCUCUCUCGCACAGCUGAGGGUUCAGGACGAACAGUUCGCAUCGAUCCAGCCAUCGUGUGACAAACAAAUUAGGCAGGCGUACGAAGCUAUCGAAGCCCUGCAAGUGCUGCACCAGGAUGCAGAGCCCAGGAAUAUGGUGUAUAAUGACAAGACAGGGCAGCUCAUGAUUAUCGACUUUGAACGGAGUGAAAUUGUGCAACGACCGGCACUACUGGAGCUUUCUCCAAACCGAAAGCGCAAACGACCGGUGAACCAGCAAGGACGAAAGGCAGAUCAUGGGGAAGAGCUGGGCUCCGUCCCCAGCAGCCUUCUAAGAGUGCAGAACAACACCCGUCAUGUCUAAUUUUGAGAGCUGUACAAUGGUGGGAGAUGCAGGUUCCUCAUGCGAUCAAUGGCGUGUAUAGUGCUCAGCUUUGGUGUAGUCCAUCGAGCAUCUAGACCAGGCGCGAAUGGCGUGUGAAGAACCAAGCAUAGGACUGAAACCCCAUGUCCACCAGUACAACCACUCCCAUACAGUCUCAUUGCUCCUCAGGGAUCUCGAAUUCCCAUUUUAUAACCGCCGGUACAAUCAGCUAUCAUGUACAGGGACAGACGAAUGGAGACAUUGGAAGAUGGGCGCGAGAAGGACACAAAAACUUGGAUAAAAAAAAAAGAAAAAAAAAGGGGGGUAUUUUCGGACCUUCCGGUCGCCACUAGUCUCCGUCUACGUUACUGCCCCGUCCUCGGGUCUCUUCUUCGACUCUUGCCCACGCAUCCACAUAUGUCCCGGAAGAUGCUCCUCCUAGACGAGCGGAGUGGAGCUGUGGGCGAACCAGCCAGAUGCGGAGAGAUCAGGGAGCGAGAUACCUGCUAUGAACCAUGAUUGUUGAGGAGGAUGAGCCGUCAAAAGCUCACCCCAGCUCAUCUCGUCUGAUAGGUUCCUGGUAGUAACGGGGGAAGGACAAUCGAAGGAACACUUAUAAGUGUGCAACCGGGCAGUUGUUUGAACUAUAGAGGAAACAAAUCCUAGUCUUU